AUUUAAAAUGUACCUAUAAAAAACUAUUAUAUCGUAGGUACAUGGUGAUUUCAACAUAAAGAAUACCAAUUUUAACUUUAAAAGUUAUUUAUUAUACUAGAAUAUCUUUCUUUAAUGUACUUUUUUAUUGUGUAUUUUAGGAUGAAAUUGUGGAUAGUGUUGAUGCUGUGUGCAUUGUGCGCUGCGGCGGCACCAACCAUCGAGGAUGAGGAAUUCUCUUUGCCCAUGCCACCCGAAGAUAUAGAAAAGCUCGAUGCGGGUUCCCGCAACUUGCUCAUUAACGCCCUGAUUCGCCAGAUGUUCACGUAUAUCCGUCACGUCAUCAGGAACGGCUCUAUAAUAUUCAACACGCCGCCUCUAGACCCGCUCGAGCUGGAUCAUUAUCACUUUUACUUGCCUGCUGUGUUAAUCAAUUUGGACUUGGAUCUGAAAGAUGUUCUGGUCACAGGAAUUGGGGACUUUGUAGUGCAUAGAAGCAAUUUAAACAUGAAUACUCUAUCUUUUGAUGUCGAGAUCUCAGUCCCUAAAAUUAACAUUGAUGCUGGACAUUAUGACUUAGUUGGCGAUCUCUAUACUGCUAUUCCCCUUUACGGCAAAGGAAAAGCGAAGUUCGAGGUAGACAAUUAUGUUUUCCGUGCAGUUAUUUUCUUAAAACAAUCUGAAGAUGGAAAAUCAGUGCUUAUCGAUAGAAUCGAGUCACCCUCUUUUGCAAUUCCUGGAUUUAAGUCUGGUUUGACGGGCGUGAUCGGCGGUGGUGACAUCGACGCAAUAGUCAACGCCAUCACAGAGGAGGUCAUCAUGGACUACGUGAACAGGUUCCAAGCGGUGAUCGCGCGCAACGUUUCCAGUCUCAUAAUACACUUUGGCAAUCCUAUCUUGAACCAACUCGACACAUGGAGAUUCAUUGCUCCAUUUGUGCCGAGGCCUCGAUCUUAGAGACCACAACAAAUUGGUUUUAUUGAUUACAAAACUGGAUUAUUGACACUCACUAUACAUUACAGAUUUGUGAUGACAAAAAGCUAGAAAUUCGGAACUAAACUAUUUCUUAUUGUUUGUAAUAAAAAUGCAAAAAAUAAAUAAUUUAUAAGAAAUACCUCAAUUUUUUUUUUCAACAAAUAACCAUAUUUUAUGGAUCCUAAAUCAGUAUUAAGUAGCGGCAGUGGCAAUAAAAUA